AUGGCAGCAACUGUGGGAUCUCUCUUCUCCCUGAGCGGCAGGACCGCCCUCGUCACGGGCGGCACACGAGGUAUCGGCCAGGCAAUGGCCUUUGCCCUGGCCGAAGCCGGCGCCGAUAUUAUUUUGGUUCAGCGGGAUGAGUCCAAUACAGCCACCAAGGAUGAGAUCAUCAACCGCCUUGGUCGCAAAGCCUAUAUUCAUGUCGCAGAACUGUCAGACCGAAAGGCCGUCCAAGGAAUUGUACCCGCAGUGAUUGCCCAAGGACUAAAGCCCGAUAUCCUCUUGAACUGUGCUGGUAUUCAGCGGAGGCACCCGAGCCACCAGUUCCCCGACGAGGACUGGGAUGAGGUCCUCGAGAUCAACCUUACAUCUGUAUUCGUGCUCUGUCGUGAAUUUGGUGCCUACCUUUUGCAGCGUGAUGCCUCCGAAUUCCCCUCAGGCCGCCGCGGCUCCAUUAUCAACGUUGCCUCCCUCCUGACGUUCCAGGGUGGCAUCACUGUGCCUGCAUAUGCAGCCUCAAAGGGUGGUAUUGGGCAGCUCACCAAGGCACUUUCUAACGAGUGGGUCAGCAAGGGGAUUAACGUCAAUGCCAUCGCCCCGGGAUAUAUUGACACCGAUAUGAACGUGGCCCUCAUUAAUGAUGCCGAUCGAAAUGCCGGCAUUAUGGCUCGAAUCCCGGCUGGCCGAUGGGGUAAGCCUGAGGACUUUAAGGGUGUGGUGGUUUUCCUGGCAAGUUCCGCUAGCAGCUAUGUUUCAGGUGAUGUUAUCACUGUUGACGGCGGCUGGAUGGGUCGGUAA